AUGGCUGCUAAAGCACCAUCGGAUGAGCUCCAAAAGCUCAGUGUGAGCGAGGGAGCCACCAACGGGAAGGCUGCCGCGGGAUCCAACGGGACCAAGGACGGCGAUGCUGCAGAGCAUUCUGGUGAAGAUUCCGAAGAUGACGCCGAUGAUCAAACCGCCGAACCUGCGCCCGAAGCCGCUAAGAAGAAGAAGAAUAAAAAGAAGAAGCCAAAGAAGAAGAAGAAGGCUCCUACCGCCCAGACAGACCCCCCGAGCGUCUUGAUGUCCCAAUUGUUCCCGAACAACACCUAUCCUAAGGGUGAAGAGGUCGAAUAUAAAGAUGAGAACCUCUAUCGUACUACCAACGAAGAGAAAAGGCACUUGGACAACAUGAACACCGACUUCCUGGUCGACUAUCGUCAUGCUGCCGAAACCCACCGUCAAGUUCGCCAGUGGGCUCAGAAGAACAUCAAGCCUGGCCAAACCUUGACCGAGAUCGCCGAGGGGAUUGAGGACAGCAUUAGGCGCUUAGUUGGCCACGAUGGGCUAUCAGAAGGUGACGCUAAGGUUGCCGGAGUUGGUUUCCCGACGGGCUUGAACUUGGAUCAUAUUGCUGCUCACUUCACCCCCAAUGCUGGGAACAAGACUGUUCUGCAGCAAAGUAAUGUCAUGAAAGUAGACAUUGGAGUCCAUGUUAACGGGAAGAUCGUCGACAGCGCUUUUACAAUGUCGUUUGACCCAAUGUAUGACAACCUGUUGGCAGCCGUAAAGGAUGCGACCAAUACAGGUAUUAAGGAGGCGGGUAUUGACGUCCGUCUUGGUGAACUUGGUGGAUACAUCCAAGAGGCCAUGGAGAGCUACGAAUGCGAGAUCAACGGCACUACAUACCCGAUUAAAUCGAUCCGUAACCUCACUGGUCAUACUAUCUUGCCGUAUAGCAUCCACGGGACCAAGAGUGUUCCCAUUGUUAAAACGAAAGACAACACGAAGAUGGAAGAAGGCGACGUCUUCGCUAUCGAGACCUUCGGUAGUACCGGAAACGGUUAUGUCCACGAUGAGGGAGAGGUCUCCCACUAUGCUCUACGUAGCGAUGCCCCUAAGGUCGACCUACGUUUAUCCUCGGCCAAGUCUCUUCUAAAUGUUAUCAAGAAGAACUUUGGUACUAUUCCAUUUGCACGAAGAUACCUAGACAGACUUGGCCAGGAGAAAUACUUGCUGGGGCUUAACAAUCUCGUCCAAUCUGGUAUUGUAGAGGACUACCCUCCUCUACUGGAUAAGAAAGGGUCAUAUACAGCCCAAUUCGAGCACACUAUCUUGCUCCGACCUACCGUAAAGGAGGUCAUUAGUCGUGGAGACGAUUACUAG